AUGCCUGCUGCGCUGAAGUCAUCUUUGGAUGGGAGCAUGACUGACUCGGGCGAGCUGGAGCAGGCAGCGCCUCCCUGCCUUGGAAAGGUCCCCCGUGACCUGCUCCGAAACUUUCCUCAUACUAAACGCGUGGGCAGCUACCUGGUGGGUAAAAUGAUCAACAAGGGCUCCUUUGCCAAGGUUAUGGUGGGCAUGCACAUCAUCACGGGGGAGAAGGUGGCGAUCAAGGUGAUAGAUAAGAAGAAGGCUCGACAGGAUUCAUACGUUUUGAAGAACAUGAAACGCGAACCACGGAUUCACCAGCUGAUCCGCCACCCGAACAUCGUCCUGCUGUUGGAGACACUGGAGACAGAGAACUGCUACUAUAUGGCCAUGGAGCUGUGCGGUGGAGGAGAUCUGAUGGACCGUAUCUGUGAACGCAAGCGGCUGGAGGAGAGAGAGGUGCGCAGAUACACCCGGCAGAUACUUUCUGCAGUGGAUCACCUGCACAAACACGGCAUAGUUCACAGGGAUCUGAAGAUUGAGAACUUUCUACUGGAUGAGCACAACAACAUUAAGAUUGUUGACUUUGGUUUAAGUAACACCCUGAAGUCAGAUUCCCUCUCUCUGGAUCUGCUAAAUACUCAAUGUGGAAGUCCAGCUUACGCGGCACCUGAACUGUUGGCCCACAGGAAGUACGGCCCUAAAGUGGACGUGUGGUCUGUGGGUGUGAGUAUGUUUGCCUUGUUGACAGGGACAUUGCCAUUUACUGUGGAGCCCUUCAACAUCAAGCAACUCCAUCAAAAGAUGGUGAAUGGAGAAAUCAGCGCUAUACCAUCAGACAUCAGCAAAGCGGCUGUACAGUUUGUCUUGUCUCUGCUGGAGCCAGAACCGGAAAAAAGACCAACGGUCAAAGCAGCGAUGCAGGAUAAAUGGCUGAAUGAAGGUUUUUCCAAGAGACUCCUCCAGACUGUCGCGUAUAGAAACAGAUUACGUCCUGAGGAUCUGAAUUCAGCCUUGAUGAAUUACAUGACAGAAUCUCUUGGUUACGGCCUUUCUGACAUCAUCCAUACUGUCAUCAGCAACAAGCCAUCUGCCAUCUUAGCCUCUUACAAUCUACUGCUGAAGAAACUCACCAGGUAUCAGAAACUAGUCAAGGCUACGAAGAGAGAAGAAAACAAUGAAUGGAGUCUUUUAAAUAAAGGCUUUUCAAGAGAGAAAAGCAAUUCAGAUGCAAAGAGUCAGCAGCAGUGUCCUCAAAGUGACACAUCCAAUGAGUGGAAUUCAAGGCAGACCAGUAGGACCGAGAGGAGUCGGUCCCAGGACAGAGACGCCCGGAGUGGCAAGAAAAGGCCAGUGACAGUCAGACCAAGACAGCCAAGCCCGGUGGAUAGAGCAGAUUCCCCAAGAUUACUGCCUGUGGAUACAACUAAUGAGAUUGCCAUACUGGAGACACAUGACAGACUGAUUCAUAAGGUUUCAACUUUUGGUGAAAAGGAGGUGCUUCACAUCUCACCCCCCCAGUGUUCGUGCCGAGAGGGGAGUGGCACAAAUCUUUGCGACUCUGCUCCUUGUGAUGCCAUUGUAACCGCAGACACCUCCAGAGACUCGCAGACAAUGAGAACAUCAAACAGGCAGCGGGAUCUGAGAACAGCUUACUCUGACAAAUAUCAAGGCUUGGAAUCUGAACAACAAGAUGAUCACAAACUGGAAAAGCUGCAGACAUUCUACUCCAAGAAAGGUACAUCUCCAAGAACGCACCUGGAGAGCAGAGCAGGACAGCGCUUUAAGGAUCUCUUACUGGCUAUUGAGGAGAAAACGUAUAACGCUCGCCACAUUGAACCCUCGGCGCAAACCUCACCGUUACCACGACUACGCCAUACUGGAACACUUAAAGUAGCCACGGCUAGAAAAGUGACUUGGAUUGGCUUCACGCGCCACGCCACCGCUGGCACAGGCUCCUCGCCUUUCUUGGUGAACGGGUCCAAACCACCAUUGUUUCCGUCACAGAGACAACAAGCUCUCGUCAUUAAAAACCUGAGACACGGGAAGGAGAAGAGAAGCGCAGGAGGGGGAGGAGGGAUAGGUGUCGCUGGCAAUGCCGUGAAAAGGAACUCUGUACAGUUACGGACGGCUAUACAACAGCGCAGGACCACGGAUCUCAACCUACCAAUGCUCCCAUCGGCUUUACAGAACAAAUCUGACAAAAAGAGUGACAUACUUAGAAUGGAUUUUGGGUGA